CGUGGCUUAACGCGGUUAGUUUCGUUAACUCACGCGAAAUAAAUGUUUAUUGAGUCCCACUGAUUUAUCACCCACGGCACGUGAUCGUGAUAAUACCGCGCUCGGUUAAUAAUACGAUAUUUUUGCUAACUACGAGGUGGAACUUUAGAUUUGUAUUUUUUUUUCUGACGUUAGCGUAAAUUGGCCGCAAUGGCGGAGGGAACCGCGACCGCUGCUGGAGCUGGGCCCGAUGUAAACACAGCUGGGAACCCGACAGAAGUCGCCAUGGCGUAUUUACAGGACGAGACACACUGGUUGUGUUUCACCCAGAAGACUGAAGCAGACAUCGCUAACCUGAACCUGGGAGAGCUGGACAUCACUACGGACGAGUUUAUCCUGGAUGAAGUGGACAUUCACAUUCAGGCCAACCUGGAAGACGACCUGGUGAAGGAAGCGCUCAAAACAGGUGUCGACCUCCGUCAGUACUCCAAACAGGUGGAGGCAGAGCUGCAGAGGAUUGAACAAGCCUCCAUCAAAGACUACAUCAAAGAGAGUCAGAACAUCGCCCUGCUGCACAACCAGAUCACUGCCUGUGACUCCAUCCUGGAGCGUAUGGAGGGCAUGCUGAGCGGCUUCCAGAGCGACCUGUCCUCCAUCAGCAGUGAGAUCCAGACCCUGCAGCAGCAGUCGGUCAGCAUGAACGUGCGGCUGAAGAACCGGCAGGCCGUGCGCAGCCACCUCAGCCAGCUGGUGGAUGAGCUGGUGGUGCCCGGGGCCAUGAUCUCCACCAUCCUGGACAGUCCUGUGACGGAGCAGGAGUUUCUGGAGCAGCUCCACGAGCUCAACACUAAGAUCAACUUUGCCAAAGAGCUGAGCUUCAGAGAGACGCUGGCUUGCUCCGACAUCCAGGACAUCGUGGACCGCCUCAAACUCAAGGCCGUGUCAAAGAUCAGAGAGUUCAUUCUUCAGAAGAUUUACUCCUUCAGGAAACCGAUGACCAACUACCAGAUCCCACAGAACACUCUGCUGAAGUACCGGUUCUUCUACCAGUUCCUUCUGGCCAAUGAGAGAACGGUCGCCAAGGAGAUCCGAGACGAGUACGUGGACACCAUGAGCAAGAUUUACUACAGUUACUUCAAGUCGUACAGCGGCAGGCUGCUCAAAGUGCAGUACGAGGAGGUGGCAGACAAAGACGACCUGAUGGGAGUCGAGGACACAGCCAAGAAAGGUUUCUUCUCCAAACCGUCUCUGAAGAGCAGGAACACCAUCUUCACUCUGGGCCAGAGGGGGGCCAUCCUGAGCCCGGCCGAGCUGGAGGGGCCCAUCCUGGUCCCGCACACGGCUCAGAGAGGAGACAGCAGGUAUCCCUAUGAGACGCUGUUUCGCAGCCAGCACUACGCUCUGCUCGACAACGGCUGCAGAGAAUACCUCUUCCUGUCUGACUUCUUCAUGGUGGCUGGAAACUCCGCCCUCGACCUCUUCAACAGCAUCAUGGGAAAGACUCUCAGCAUGUUCCUGAAGAGCAUGUCCACCUACGUGUCCGACUGCUACGACAGCAUCGCCGUCUUCCUCUGCAUCCACAUCAUCCUCCGGUUCAGAGCCAUCACGGCCAAGAGGAACAUCCCAGCUCUCGACAAGUACUGGGAGGCGGUGCUGGAGCUGCUGUGGCCGAGGUUUGAGCUCAUUCUGGAGAUGAACAUCAGCAGCAUCAGAAACACAGACCCUCAGAAACUGGGAGUACUGGACACCAGACCACACUACAUCACUCGCCGUUACGCAGAGUUCUCCUCAGCCAUCGUCAGCAUCAACCAGACGUUCCCCAACGAGAGGACCAACGCUCUGCUGGGACAGCUGCAGAUUGAGGUUGAAAACUUCGUGCUGAAGAUGGCGGCAGAGUUCCCGUCGAGGAGAGAUCAGCUCAUCUUCCUCAUCAACAACUACGACAUGAUGCUCAGCGUCCUCAUGGAGAGGGCAGCAGACGACAGUAAAGAGGUGGAAGGCUUCCAGCAGCUGCUGCUGGCCAGAACUCAGGAGUUCAUCGAGGAGAUUCUCUCUCCGCCGUUCGGAGGGAUGAUCGCCUUUGUGAAGGAGGCCGAGGCGCUGAUGGAGAAAGGGCAGCUGGACCGGCUGAAGAACGACGAAGGUGAGAAAAUUCAGCUGGUUCGGGGGUUUUCCAGCACAUGGAAACAGUCGGUGGAGGCGAUGAGUCAGGACGUCAUGAGGUCCUUCACCAACUUCAAAAAUGGAACCAGCAUCAUCCAGGGCGCCCUGACGCAGCUCAUCCAGUACUACCACGGCUUCCACAAAGUCCUGAACCAGCCCACGUUCCGCAGCCUGGCCGUCCGCUCCGAGCUCAUCAACCUCCACCACCUCAUGGUGGAGGUCAAGAAGCACAAACCCAACUUCUAACGGGACGCCUUCGUCGGGGUCGGGGGUCAGAGAGCCGGCGAACGCACCGACGCUCCUGCGGGUGGAGGUGACGGUUCUCUGCAGCCGACCGCUGCUUCGUCUUCUUUUCUGUGAAGUUUGGAGAGUGUUAAAGACUUUUGUCUCCAGAUGAAGGAGCCGUGUCGAAGGUCAGCGGAGGAGAGUGAAUUUUAAUUCCAUGACUUUAAAAACUGUGAAGAAGCCAGUGAACCACGGACGCUCGGCCACGUUGCCCCUGUCAGGGAAACGUUUGGCCCUCCUGGCUCUACAGUGACUGUGGGGGUGUGCAGGGUUCUUUGGCUUCUGUUACAGCAAAACUUCCAAUUAAAUGCUAAUUCAACCCAAUGUAAAUGAAUGUCUAAUCACAUUGAAUGAAGAAUAAAAUGAUGAUCCCCGAUAGACGCGA